AUGUCGACCCUCACGUUUCCGAUCCUGUGGAAGGAUGCCCAUGAGCGGGGCAUCAAGGGAGUCAUCGAGCUCAGCAUGUCCGAUUUGCCUCUGAAAGGCGCUCGGGUUCGAGACUUGUUCCCGGUUCUGAAUACGAAGAUCAACGCCAAGUUUCCGCUCGAGCGAAAUAGUCGCGAAGUGGAGACUUUUCUACUCUAUGGAACCCGUGCGGUGGUGCAGUUCGACAAACCUUUUUUCAUUGUGUGCUUUAACCACACCAUCACGGCUGUCGUGCUACCGUUGGUGUUCGGCUAA